AUGGCCAGCGCCAAAGCGAGGGGCAAGAUGCCCGAGGUCAUCGACCUGACGAAGCGCCAGUCGGCCUUCCAGCCUCACAGUGGAGCGCGGAAGCUGGUCAUCAAGAACUUGCGCAGCCCCGUCAGCCAAGAGGCCCGGAUCCAGGAGUACUAUGCUCGCACCGAGAGGGAGCUCGACGCGGCCCUGGACGCAAUUUUUGCCGGCCAGAGCCCGGCCAUUCCGCUGGAACGCCUGUAUCGCGGGGUCGAGGACAUGUGCCGCAAUGGCAGCGCUGACAAGGUCUAUCGGAUGCUCAAGGAUAAGGUCGACAGGCAUCUGAGAGGCGUCGUCCUGCCCAGGAUUCAGGACGCGGCCAAGGUGUCCAAUCUCGAGGUUUUAAGAAGGACGUUGGCGGAAUGGAAGACGUGGAACUCACAGACGAUCCUCAUCAGGUCAACCUUCAGCUACCUUGAUCGCACAUAUCUGCUUCUCAAGUCGUUGCCAUCUAUAAACGACCUGGCUAUCACGCGCUUCUGCAGGAUGGCUUUUCCAUCGCAAGCGACAGAGUCAGGCCCAGCUAUUGGAACUGCGUCCAUUCUAGCGAUCUGCGAGCUGAUCAACAUGGAUCGCCGAGGGGACCACCGGAUGGACGCAGAACUGCUCAAAGACUCUCUCAUGAUGCUAUACGUGCUAGGAGUGUACACAAAGCAGUUCGAGCCCGUCUAUUUGCAGCACUCCGAGGCCUACUUCAAGGAGUUUGGAGAGACUUGCAGUCCCAUGGGAUUGAAAGAGUAUAUCGAGGUCUGCGAGCGUCUGCUGGAACGCGAGGACUACCGUUGCAUAGCGUACAACUUGGACAGCACAACGGAGAGGCAAUCGAUGACGUUGGCGCACAACAUCCUGAUCGACCAGUAUGCUGACAAGCUUCUUCAUGGGGGCAGCCUGUCCAAGCUGUUGUCUGAUCGAGACAUCAAGUCUCUCAAGGGGUUGUAUGACCUUCUUAGGCUGUCGGGCAUACAGAAGAAGUUGAAGACACCGUGGACCGACUACAUCCGAGAGACAGGGGCCUCAAUCGUGUCCGACAAGGAGCGGGGAGACGAGAUGGUUAUUCGCCUCUUGGAUCUGCGCCGUGUGCUGGACUUGACGGUGCGCGACGCGUUCAACAAGGACGAGGACUUCCUCUGGGGCAUGCGAGAGGCCUUUGGCAAGUUUAUGAACGACCGCAAGAUAGCCGAGUGCUGGCCAUCGGGCACAUCCAAGAUCGGCGAGAUGACAGCCAAACAUAUUGACAUGCUACUGCGUGGCGGCAUCAGAGCCCUGCCCAAGGAGCUGCUCUCCGACGUUAAGGACCGGGCUGCGGCAGAAAAGGCCGGCCAUGCCAGCACCGCAGACGAAGACGCCGAGCUGGACAGGCAACUAGACCAGGCUCUCGAGCUGUUCCGCUUCAUCGAGGGCAAGGACGCCUUUGAGGCCUUUUACAAGAAAGACUUGGCUCGCCGCCUUCUCAUGGGCCGCAGUGCCAGUCAGGAUGCGGAACGCAACAUGCUCACCAAGCUGAGGGGCGAGUGCGGCUCAAACUUUACACACAAUCUAGAGCAAAUGUUUAAAGAUCAAGAGCUCGCCAAGGACGAGAUGGAGGCCUACAAGGAGUGGUGUCAGGGCCACCCCGACCGUGUUGGAAAGGUGGAUUUGCAGGUCAUGAUCCUCUCUGCUGCCGCCUGGCCUACGUAUCCCGACGUGAGGCUUAAUCUGCCUGAUGACGUGGCCACCCGCAUCGAGCAGUUUGAUAGGCAUUACAAGAGCAAGCACACGGGCCGAGUCUUGACAUGGAAGCACUCGCUGGCGCACUGUUCCAUCAAGGCAACCUUUCCCAAGGGAGCAAAGGAGCUCCUCGUGUCGGCGUUCCAGGCAGCCGUGCUCUUGCUCUUCAACGAUGUGCCUGCGGAUGGAUUCCUGUCAUAUGAGCAAAUCUCGGCGGCUACGGGCCUCCAGGGAGGUGACUUGGAUCGAACCCUUCAGUCGUUGGCCUGUGGCAAGGCGCGGGUGCUGACGAAACACCCCAAGGGGCGUGACGUCGACCCCAAGGACACGUUCACCUUUAACAAAGCCUUUACCGAUCCCAAAUACCGUGUUAAGAUCAACCAGAUCCAAUUGAAGGAGACGAAGGAAGAGAACAAGGCUACGCACGAAAAGAUUGCCCAGGACAGGCGGUUCGAGACGCAGGCAGCCAUUGUGCGAAUCAUGAAGAGCCGUAAGACAAUGGGCCACGCAGAGCUGGUGGCUGAAGUAAUCAACUUGACCAAGAAGAGAGGCAGUGUCGAGCCAGCCGCCAUCAAGAAGGAGAUUGAGAGCCUGAUUGAGAAAGAUUACCUGGAGAGAGAAGAGAACUCAUACACCUACUUGGCAUAA